AUGCUAUACAACUAUGUCCCCUCUAUAACCGAAGGAGGAAAUAAAUGUGCGUGUUUUAGAGCCAAAGCUUCUAUUGUUUACGAUGCUGGAGGAUUGGUGGCAGCGCUGAGUCACAGCAAAGCAGGCAGCAGUGGAGCCAGCAGAUCUCAAGGCCCACAUCUUUCUAAAGACACAAACAGACUCAGGAGUCAGAGUGACGUCAACAGUGAAGCUGCUGAACUGGAAAAAUUCAGUAUCACAUAUAAAGACCAAAGAUGCUUCAGCAGCCAUCCUCUGCACAUGCUGUUCUCUGACAUCCUUACAUCUUUGGUCAAGAACCGACUCUGCAGUGAAUGGAUUGACCAUGCAUCGCCUGAGUCUGUCCUCAGAGUCCUGAUCUGCCUAAGGUUAUUGGUCAGAGAUCCCCAGCACCAGAAAAUCUUCAGUCAGCUCCAAGGCAUCAAUUUUCUUGCCAAGUAUAUGGAGUCUGUUGCUGCCCUGUACGUAUCAUGUGGUGAGCAGGACUGUGCAGUGCAGAAGCUGGUCACAAUGACGUAUAUGUUUCAGAAGCUGUCUGCUGCUGAAAAUCAGAGAGUCUGCGUUAUUGAGAGCGGCGCUCACAGGACGCUGGUGAAGCUCCUCUCCACAACAGACAGCAGUGUGCUGCUGGGAGUGCUGCUGGCUCUCACCACUCUGGCUGAGAGCUCAGAAUGCAAGGAGGAGAUCGGACAGCCACCAAUCGUGGAAAAUCUGCUUGUUAUACUUCAGGAAUAUGACCUGCUGUCGAAGAGAAUGAGUGCAGAGCUGCUGAGGCUUCUGUCCCCAGUGAAGCAGGUGAGGGACCAGGUGAGAGAGCUGGAGGGUGUGCCAGUUCUGCUGAGCCUGCUGUACAUUCAACACCUAAAGCUGCUGUGGAGCAUCACUUGGGUCCUGGUUCAGCUCUGUGAAGAUCCUGAUACAAGAACAGAGAUACGAAGCUGGGGAGGGGUGCAGCAGCUCCUAAAACUACUCCACAGUGACAGGCAGUUCAUCUCUGACCAGUCUUCCGCUGAAACGCUCUCCAGUGCUAAUGCAGCCAGUCGCAUCCACAAAGAGCACGUCAGAGAGGAUUUGAGCCUGCAGGAAGAGACAGACAACAGCAUGGCCCUGCAGUCAGCCUGCUGCGCGGUUUUGACUGAGCUUUGCCUGGAUGACACAUCUGCUCACCACAUUGUCCUGGAAAAUGGGGUCCAUAUUAUUGCAAAGUUGAUUUUACCAAAUAACUCAGGAUCCAAGGUCACAUCUUUGCAGUGCUAUGCAUUUCGGACCCUCCGCUUUCUUUUCAGCAUGGAAAGAAACAGACAUCUGUUCAAGAGACUCUUUCCCACAGACCUCUUCGAGAUGUUUAUUGAUGUUGGACAUUAUGUUCGAGACCUCACGGCCUACGAGGGACUGCAAACCAAAGUUUCACUUUAUACUGAAGAGGAGCUGGACAGUCUAAGAGAGAGCAUCGAGGCUGUGGACCAGAACCGCCCACCCCUUAGAGUCAUCAAUGGUUACUUCAUACUCGACCAUCUGGGCACUGGGGCCUUUGGGAGCGUCUUUAAGGUCAGAAAGCAGAGCGGUCAGAAUCUGCUUGCUCUGAAGGAAGUAAACCUCCACAACCCAGUGUUUGGCAAAGACAAGAAGUCCAGGGACAGUAACGUGGAGAAAAUCAUCUCUGAGCUCACAAUCAUCAGAGAACAGAUGACUCACCCAAACGUUGUAAAAUACUACAAGACAUUUUUGGAAGGUGAGAAGCUGUACAUCGUGAUGGAGCUGAUUGAGGGCGUGCCUCUAGCCGAACAUUUUAACUCUUUGAAGGAGAAGCAGCAACAGUUCACAGAAGACAAAAUCUGGAAUAUUUUCAUUCAGAUGUGUCUGGCUUUGAGGUAUUUGCACAAAGAAAAGAGGAUAGUUCAUCGAGACCUCACACCAAACAACAUCAUGCUAGGGGAAAAGGACAAAGUCACCAUUACUGACUUUGGUCUGGCCAAGCAGAAACAGGAGAGCAGCAAGCUAACAUCAGUGGUCGGCACCAUCCUUUACUCCUGUCCAGAGGUGGUGAAAAACGAGCCAUACGGAGAGAAAGCUGACGUCUGGGCUUUAGGCUGCCUCCUGUACCAGAUGGCUGCUUUACAGCCUCCAUUCUACAGCAGCAACAUGCUGUCGCUGGCCAACAAGAUUGUGGAGGCUGAAUAUGAGCCAAUCAAAGACGGAGCUUUCUCUGAGAGAGUCACAAACAUGAUAAAGUGGUGUUUGAGUCCAGAUCCAGACCAGCGUCCAGACAUCGUGGCCGUCAGCUCCAGGAUCUCAGACCUCAUGAUGAGGCUGAUGGACGGACUCUACACUUCCCAGAAUGCACUGGAAAAGAGAGCAGAGAGAGACAGGAAACGAGCGCAGAGAUACUCUCAGGAAAGGCAAAAAAGCAGGACAAACUACUGUCACUCCAACCUGUGUCGGGAACAAUCCUUGCUGAACAAUGAAACUCAUACUCCAUGCUCCUCUGCAGCCUGCGGCUCAAACAACAGCCAGCAACACAUCAUUCAGGAUGAUGUCCCAGGGGUCAAUUGUGAAUCAUGGGAAACCAAAACCAACAGUGAUGUUCACACAGGGAGACACUAUGGAUUAAAGUCCAGGUUCUGUGUUACACCAGACCAAAAUACGACCAGUGACGAUUACACCAUGGCGAAGAUCAAACCAAGACCAAUGUCAGCGGGAAUCUGUGUCUCUCAGAAGAAGCUCAGACAGAUCGAUGAUCCCAUUCAGAGACUCCUUGUACAGCUCCACAAAAUCAUCUUCAUCACCCAGCUUCCACCUUCUCCACACCACAACAUCAAACGGCGAGUCAUUGAGAGGUUCAAAAAGUCGCUUUUCCACAACGGGAGCGAUCCAUACAACCUGAAGGUGGAGCUCAGCAAGCUUCUUCAAGCAUCCCCAGAGCUGAUGGAGUUUGGCUCAACCAGUUUAGACUUGUGGCCCCUCGUCCCACACUUCACUGCAGAACCUCCUGCUGCUGAUAGCACAGGUGAUAGGGAUCUUAAAGAUGGAGUCACAUAUCAACAAAUGAAGGCGAUCAUAGAGGAGCUGUUGGAGGAAAGCAGCUACUACAGCAGGUUCCCAGAGAGAAGAAAUGACCGUGAAAACAGAGGACUCAGAUGACACAUCCAUUAUCAGAUAGCUACAGCCACCGCUGGGAAAAAUCCAGGGAAUAUAUUCCAGCACAGCAUCGUUUUCAUCAGUCCGUGUUAGCAACAAGACUGUGCGUACUCUCUAAAUGUAAAUAACCUAAUUAAAAUCAUCUUUACAUGCAAUUUAUAACUGUUAGCGUGUAGCUGUGACUAUGAUGGGCAAAAAGCAAAGUCUUUGAAGGAGCCAACAAGUGAAAAAUCACAACACUCAGGCUUCAACUUUUUUUUGCUGGUUCAUUGUAGUUUUUCCUCAAUAAAAAUACGAUUGGUCUAGAAAAUACCAAGAAACAGUGGAAACGUUUCCCAAUAUGACAUGAAUAAACUACUUUUUUGACUAUCAAUCCAAAAUCCAAAGAAACUGAUUUACAAAGCAGCAGACGAUCCAAAAAUACAGUCUGGAAAUGGGACUGUUUGGCUUAUUUUGUUUAAAUUGAAGAAUGAGUUGAUAUGUUUUUUGAAAUGGUUGUAGCUGACUUCAUUUUUAUUAACCCACUGGUUCCCAACCUUUUUCCUGUGAGGCCUCCUUACUUGUAGCCAAGUGUAUUUGAGCACCCACAAAAAACAUAGUCAUACAGAGUGGUCAAAAUAACAGCAAUUUUAUUUCCUUUUUGCAAACAAAAUAGAAAAUAAACAAAUAUUCUUAUACAAAGACCACAGUAUAAAUUAUUUGUGAUGAUUGUCACCAUUCAGCUAAUAAGUGCAAAUCUAAUGUAAACAACCUCACAGCUGACAGAGCCUUGUGCCCCCCCUGAAUUCUCUGGUGCCGCUCCUGAGGAGGUCCAAGACCCCAGGUUGAGAUUAAUAAGCUACUGGUUACAGCUCUACACCACAAAUGUUCUUUUGUGUCAGGGAUCAAAAUCUUUUUCAAGUUUGAUGUAAAAGAGAAUCUUUAAAGAAGUUCUAAUAUACAGUGCUUAAAAAAUUUAUUAGACCACUUGUCAUAAGAAUGAGAAAACAUAAAUAUUUUAGAUAUCUUUCAAAAACUUGUUUAA